GCUAACACAUGGGAGGCGAUAGUCGAGGGGUCACACUUGUUUUGGAAGAACAAGACAAAAAUUGCUCGUCAUUCGAAGUAGGCGAUUCGCUAAAUUUUUCAAAAACCCUUCAAAUUCAACGCAUUAUAUAUCCCCUCUCGAGAAGCGCCCGCAUCAUGUUCGGAAGACAAAGUGGACUGGGCAGUUCCAGCAACAGCAGCAACCUGGUGGAGUUCCGUGCCGGUCGCAUGAACAUGGUUGGCAAGAUGGUUCAUCCGGACUCGCGCAAGGGCCUGGUCUACAUGACCCAGAGCGACGAUGGCCUGAUGCACUUUUGCUGGAAGGAUCGAACCUCAGGCAAAAUUGAGGACGAUCUCAUCGUCUUCCCGGACGACUUUGAGUACAAGCGCGUGGACCAAUGCAAGACGGGCCGCGUCUAUGUGCUCAAGUUCAAGUCCUCGACGCGCCGCAUGUUCUUCUGGAUGCAGGAACCGAAGACGGACAAGGACGAGGAGCACUGUCGCCGCAUCAACGAGCUGCUAAACAACCCCCCCUCCGCCCACCAGCGCGGCGGGGGCGGCAGCAACGACGGCGACCUCCAGUACAUGUUAAACAACAUGUCGCAGCAGCAGCUGAUGCAGCUCUUCGGAGGCGUCGGCCAGAUGGGCGGUCUCAGCUCACUGCUGGGCCAAAUGAACUCACGUACGCCCUCGUCGCGCAACACCUCCUCAUCGGGUGGCGGUGGUGCCUCGGCCUUACACCCCGAGAAUGUCAGUGUGCCUCGCACUCCGACCGCCCCAUCCAAAUCGGGCAGUAGUCGCAGCAGCAGCAACGUGAACUCGCAGGCAGGAGAGGCUGCCGGCAGUGCCGGCUCCUCCGUUGAUGCGGAUGCCUCCGGACGAUCCCUGAACAUUGACUUGUCGACGGCGCUGUCCGGCGCCGAGGCCAUCAACCAGCUCAUUGCAGAUCCGGAGCGGGUCAAGUCGCUGAUCGUACACCUGCCCGAGUCGGAGGAUGCGGACGAGGAUCGCAAGCAGCAGAUCAAGGACCACAUCACCUCCCCGCAGUUCCAGCAGGCCCUCGCCCAGUUCUCAAAUGCUCUGCAAUCGGCCCAGCUGGGACCGGUGGUGAAGCAGUUCGAGCUGUCCAACGAAGCGGUGGCUGCCGCCUUCUCCGGCAACUUGGAGGACUUUGUGCGAGCUCUGGAGAAGAGUCUCCCAGCCGGUGCCACCAUGGGUGGCGAACCUUCGGCCAGCGAGAAGAAGGGCGACGCGGAAACUCCUGCUUCAGUGGAUGAGAACACCGAUCCCGCUGCUGAAAAGCAGGAGGAGAAACAAAAAUAGCUUUAACUUGCGUCCCAACAUCUAUUAAAGUGCGUUCGAAAGCUUAUUUUUUCAUGUAUUAAGUAUUCUUUGAUUCUGAAUAAAUUAACAAGGGAGUUACAGAUGCAUUAAA